CUUUGAAAAAACUGCAAAUUCACCAACGUUGAAAAUGAACUCAACGCUGAGCGUGGCUGUAUGCUAGAGCAGCAGCACUAUAAUAUACGGUGGUGAGUAUUUCAUAUGGCACUCAUAUGCUGCCACGUCUUGUCCACAAGCGAGGCCGGUGUGUUGAAUUUAGAGAUGAUAGGCGACCGUGACUGCACGUCGGAUAUUUCAAUCGAUUGAUAAAAUGUUUUAUCCCAAGACUCCAUUUUAUGGCAAGGUACUGCUGGAAAACGAAAUUCUGAAAGUGAAUAGUGCGGCAUUGCCGAAGUUGUUACCAUGGCUUUGCAAGGCGCCACGCAUUACAACCUAUCGCAUCAACACUCUUCGCAUCAGCGUAGCGGACUACAAAGAGAAACUGGAGGCCAAAUUACGCGCGCUUUACGGAUCGCAAGCGCCCCGAGUGUAUGGGCUACGCGAACUGCCCGAAAUGCUAUGCAUUGCACCGUUGGACACACCAGCUGAUAUUAAUUACGAUGACUGCCGCAAGGAGGUUAUUGUGGACACAAGUUGCGGCGCUGCGUUAUUGCGUGGCGCACACAUAUAUGCGCCCGGCGUUUUGGCCAUGGAAACAGGCACACAACUCGAAGAGCUUGUCAAUGUGUAUGCGGAUUUGCCAGGCAAAUGCAAACGCGGCACUGCCACGCGUUACGACUGCACUGAUAAGAUCUUUCUGGGCGUGGGCCAAGUACUAAUGCAACGCCAUCAGCUGUACAAUAACAAAGAGCAGCCACCCACGGGAAUUGCCGUACGCAUGCAAUCAAAUGUGUGUGGAGUGCCUACAUUGGGCGAUCUGAGCGAUGCGAAUGCAUUGCUCCAAAACUUACCCUCUAUGGUGUGUGUAAGGGUGUUGGCACCACAGCCUGGCGAACGCAUUCUGGACAUGUGUGCUGCGCCGGGCAACAAAACAACGCAUAUAGCUGAGCUCAUGGGCGAUGUGGGUCAUAUUAUUGCCCUGGACAACUCUGCCAGUCGCGUGCGUGCCAUGCAAACGAAGCUGGGCAACUACGGCUGCAUUCAGGCGCAUCAAUUUGAUGCCACCAAAUCCUGGGACGAACACAGUGCCAUAGACUCAACAGCUCCGCCCUUUGCUUCGAGCAGCUUUGAUCGCAUACUGUUAGACGCACCCUGCAGCGGUCUGGGCAAUCGUCCGCAGCUCUGUUGCAGCAUCAAGCAAACCAAGGUGCUUCAAUCCUAUCCGCAUAUUCAGCGCAGCCUGCUGGCACAGGCAGUGCCACUUUUGCGUCCCGGCGGCGUGCUAGUGUACAGCACUUGCACCAUCACCGAGGCAGAAUGCGAGCAGCUGGUUUCCUGGGCGCUGCGCAAAUUUCCACAGCUGCAGCUGGUGGAUGCGACACCGAAGCUUGGUGCACCUGGCCUGCCGCUGCCGGAGCUGGACGCUGCUCAAUGUAAACUGUUACAGCGCUUUGGGUCAAGUAAUGAAAAUCGUGUCCAGAACUUGGACACAGUAGGAUUUUUCAUAGCAAAGUUUCAGAAGUCGUUAUGAGCUGCAAAUAUAUUUAUAUAUAUUAAUUGUUUAAGAUAGCCGUUAAUACCUGUCGAAAAAGGUGUAUUUGUAUAAAU